CGGAGUGCCGCAUCCAGAGUUAUUGGAGUCUAGACUCCCUCCGGUCCAUUCUAGGGGUCGGCCGGACCAUUGGUCUCCUCCACCAUCGAUGCAUCCUUUAAUACCCGCCUGUCUGGCACCUGCUGCGCCAGCCUGCGACGUAUGCAUGCCAGUCCUUCCUUCCCUUCCCCACGGUCACGGUCACGGUCCCACGGUCCUGCGAUCCCAUCACCGCCGCACGUCCGAUCUCAGGGAUUCACUCCCACAACCUUCAAAGCCUCCCACGGUCAACGUCUGAAAUCCAACCGCCAGCAACUAACCGCCGAGGGACUCUUUGACUAGAUUUCCUGGCUGUACUCCUCCACCGGGUCUCCCUUUCUCCCCGCCAUCCUCCUCGCCAUACUCUCUUGUCUCCCUGGUAUUCACAACCGCCACAAUGCCGAACUUGUCGCGGAAACACAUCAUCGCCAGCGUCGCCUUGAUGAUGCUCCUCACCGUCCUGCUCUGGCACCAGCAAGAUAACGUGACUGGCCUCGUUUCAUCCACCCUUGGAAACGCCAAGCCAAACAACAGCCCUACCACGACCAUCCCUGAAGCUGCCAAGGAGACCUCACAGGGCCAGAAAGAUCAGAAGCCGGACCAAAAUCAAGACCAGAAGCAGGACCAGACGCAAGAUCAGAAGCAGGACCAGAAAGACCAGAAAGACCAGAAAGACCAGAAAGACCAGAAGCAGGAAAUCGACGACAACAAAGACGACAAGAACGAAACCGCGCCCGUCCAAGAUGGUGGCCACAAGACAAAAGAGCGAUUCUGGUCCUCCAAGGGUCAUCUGCUGCCCAGCGUGUGGGACUACAAGAGGCCCAAAAACAUCAGAAAGAUCAUGGCCCUGGUCUUUUUCGGUCGUCGUCAACCCGUCUCCAUCUUGGAUUGCUACCUGAAGCGAAACCUCAUCAAGAAUGGCGGCAUGCUAGACGGCGUCAUUUUUGUCGAGCGCACUAGUGAGGCCCUCGAUCUCGAUCUUCUGCAUCGUUUGACGGAGAGUGAGCCUGCCUAUGAGACGUGGCAUAUCGAGAUGGCCGACGACGACCAGUUUUCCAGUGGUUUUGGCAACUCAUAUGAUCGCAUUGAGGAUGAUGUUUUGUACAUCAAGAUUGACGACGAUAUUGUCUUCAUGGAGGACAGCGUCAUUCCCUCAAUCGUCCAGAAAAAGCUCGACCACCCUGAAUACUACAUCGUCUCUGCCAACAUUGUCAACCAACCCCUUCUCAGCUGGAUUCACUGGAACCUCGACGCUGUCAAACCCUACCUCCCAGAAGUUGGCCGCCUCUCACCCGUCGUCAACUCCAGCAUGGACUGGCGCCCUUCGAAACUCCCGUAUUGGAAGCGUCCCAAUGAGUUCGACCUUGAAAAAUGGGAGCCCUCCGAGGGAGGAUUGCACCGCUGGUUGCCCCUCAACCGGAAAAAGGACCACAUCCUCGACGGUACUCCUAUCAAGGAGACCGAGUACAAUGCUUACGGCCGUGGGUGGACUCAAUGGAAGAUUGGGGCCCAGGAGCACUACAGCUUCCUGGAGAACCUCGAGAAGGAUGAGCUGUGGCAGUACAAGUUUGGCACCUGGGACUUCCAAUAUGACCGCAUGGGUAUUCAGUUUGUGGCAAUGAUGGGCCGUGAUAUCAACAUCGCCAAGCCUAUUGAGGCCGAUGACGAGAACCACUUCUCAUGCACCAUGGCUCGGCAACUCGGACGUCACGCCGUUGCCGAUGGCCGAGGCCUCGCUGUUCACUACAGCUUCGGCAGUCAACGCGGAGGCAUGGAGAAGACCGACGUACUGGAACGAUACCGCGCAUAUGCACGAGAAAAUAUCUGCGCCGGCCCGAUGCUGUGGUCCCCCGAGGAUGAAUCAAAGGCAUCUUGAGAAAACAGGAAAGGGAAAAAUGCGACUGUAAUGCGUCUGGGACGCAGCAUGUCGCGUUGUUUAUCUUGCACAUAUUACAUCACAUGCACGGCGUUUAAGGAGUACUCUGGAGGAUGGGGUCUGUCGGCAAAGCGACUUGAUCUAGGAUGGAGCUUGGGACUGGUUUUGGGUAGUAGAUGAGUGUACGAUUCGCAAGAUGAGGAGCCAUGUAUAUCACAUUACCUCGCGGUGUUCCGAGGUACCACGCAAAUUAAAAUCAAGAAGAUCUUACAGCGUCAAUAUCGACUUACACGUCUCUAUGAACCUGCUACGAAUCGGAGAUGGCACUUGAAUCCGGACCCAGCCGACGUCGCAUUGGAGGAUGGAACGAUGAUCAAUGACAGGGGGUUUUCUUGGCCAUCUCCAC